UACAAAGCUUUUUCGGAGUUCGUUUUUUGAGUCGGAUAAUUGAGUUGCUACGACUUCUUUCCAUCAUUUGACAAAUCCAAUGGAAAUUGCUAGAUCCAUUUCAUCAAUUAUCAAAAGGACUGUCGACCCAACUAUGUUGUUUGAUAAAGGUAAGUCAAAUAUAUGGAUAAAUUCGACAAAUAUAGGUGAGUAUAUGGAUGAAGUACUAUGGCAGCUUUUUUGUACUCUUUAUGAUAUACCAUUGACAAACUUUACAAAAGUUUACUUUUUAAAAUUGUUCAUGAUGACUGCCACUAAUCUGGGUUUUGCUGGAAAUUUCGUUCUGAGUAACCUUUCUCGAGAUAAAAGAGACCGGCGAAAAUGGAUACCUUUUCUUUCAUGCUUAGUUUCUUGGUUUGAAUGCGCUGGCACAGAGAUUCCUCAAAUAGUGGAUGAGGCAAGAGAAGGAAAAGAUAACUAUACAAAGCUCUUAAGCUCCAUCGAAUCUCGAGAGCAUGAGUUACAAAUACGUCGAGAAGCUGAAUCCAAAAGGCGUGACGUCGUUAAGGAUCUUGAGAAGAAAGUGUCUGACAUUAAGCAUCGUUUCGCCGAAAUGACUGAAACAAUGUCGUCUGCGGAAAAUUUAUUACUGUCCCUAGUUUCUUCAACAGAACAGAAGAAUGAACAGAUAGAGUCUAAUGGAAAACGACUUCAAACUCUGCUGGAAGAAUACGAAAAUACACGAUCGCACCAACUUGAAAACUGUGAAAUGUUACCUGAAUCGAUCUCAAAAGUAAAGUGUCAACUUGACUCAAUCGAAUCAGAUAUGCAUAGAUUAUUUGAAGCCUAUAAUCAAAUUGUGGAUCGUAAUAUAACGCUUCAAAGCUAUGAGUGUCUAUUGGAGUCGGAACUAAAACCAGCAAUGGAGCAGGUGUAUGUGGUGAUGGAUAAACUGGAAUCUUGUGAAAAACAAGUAAAGAAUACUCAAGGUAAAAUAGACGUUCUAACUACAGAUUUGAAAAAUAUGGACACUUCAUUGAAUGAAGCUAAACAACACUUAGUGGAAUAUCGGUCACAAUUAAUGAGAAAAAAAGUAUUGUUGAAUACUAAGAAAAAGACACGUGAAGCUGAUAUUGCCAACAAGACAAAGGAGAAUGAUUCAUUCAUAUCUGAACGACAACAUUUGAGAACCCGAUUAUCUGAAAUUACCCAAGAGAAUUCCUCCACUUCUAAACAAAUCAAUUUCGAAGAACAAAGGCUUCAAACGAUCUCAAAAAAUCGUACCUACGUUGAAGAGCUUAACAAAUCGCUACUAGAAAUAAGCCAAAUGGUCACUAAAGCACCAUUUUCUACAUGAAACUGUUAUUUCUGAUGGAUUAAAUAUAUUUAAACAUUGAAAAUUAAGUAAUCGAAUCAAAAGUGUUUGAAAUUUUUGUACAUAUAUAUCUGUGUAUCCCUUUCAUUCACUGCUAAUAAUUGUCAUGUAUAGAUUUUAACAAUAUACUGUAAUAUAAUGCUUUCAUUGACUCGU